AUGGACGAAAAACAGGAAAAUUGUACAAAACAGGUAAAUGGUAAAGAAUCAGAAAAAGGAAAUAAACUGGAAAAAGGACCGCUCACUAUUGACGAAGCAGUGGACAGUAUCUAUAAUGGUUUCAACCUAAAACUUCUGCUUGUCUACCUAACCGCUACUGGAACUGCGACCCAGACUGCCAUGCAGAUCUACAUCACCAUCUUCGCAGGAUUCAUCCCUUACACCCAGUGGAAUUGCAUCUCAAACAAAUGCUCGACUCUUCUGGCCAACAGUAACGACACUAAAGAAUUCUAUAAUCGCAAAACGAUGUGCGACAACAACCUGGAGGCAGGAACAGACUUCAAGUGGACUAGUGAAAGGACAAGUUUUUCUAUAGAUUGGGGGCUCUACUGCGAUACUGAGGCUAAGUUCACUGCAAUUUCUAGCUUCUUCUUCAUAGGUGCCGCACUGGGGCUUCUCAUGUGUACAGCAGUGUUUGAUAGAUUCGGUAGGAAGAAUGGAGCAAUAGCAGGCAAUCUGAUCGGAGCUACUGCCACUCUUUUAGGGACAUGGGUCCCAUCUUUUGAGGUCAUGCUUGUCAUCAGGAUCUUCCAAGGGAUGGGAAUGUUUAUCAAUUUCACUGGUAUCUACGUCUGGUCUUUGGAGUUGACUCCAACACAUCUUAGAAUGUUUUCGACAGGUUCUAUUAUGAAUUAUUGGUCCGUUGGCUACAUGCUGAUAACAUUGUGUGGUUACUUGAUACCAACCUGGAAUUACAUUUUCUUAACAGUGGGUAUUUUAAACUACACUCUUACUAUCCCUCUUCUUAUCUAUCCCGCCUCUCCGAGAUUUGCUCUGGUCAGAGGGAGAGAGGAGGAGGCUAAAAGAACCUUGGAGUCCUUCUCCCGGCUCUGCAACAACGAAACAUCAAUGGUUGCUGUGAACUUGACCUACAAAAAGAGAGUUCUAAACUUCUUCGAGCAGAUUAAAGAUUUCAAGACUUACCCAACUUUACGAAAAGAGACCCUCAUAGGCCUAAUAGGAUGGUUCAUUGUAGCUGUCCUCUUCUAUGGGUUCUCCUUUGGCUGGGUACAGAUCUCAUCUGAUCUGUAUACAGGUCACCUAGCAGCUGCUAUCAGCAAGUUUGUCGGCUACUCCAGCUCAAUUCCGCUCUGCAACUUGCUCGGCAGGAAGAAGACCAUGCUGAGUAUCCUAGCAAUAGGUCUCUUCUCAAACUUCCUGGCCAUGCCUGAUCUGCAGAUCACUAAGGACUGGAGUCUGGAGUACGUGGCAUGUCUGAUUGGUAACUUAACAUGCUCUGCAGCGUUUGGAGUGAUGUAUCUUUACACGGGGGAGCUCGCUCCCACUUCCCACAGAGGUAUGAUCAUGUCCUUCAGCUCUUUUGCUGCUAGGGUUGGCAGCUUUACUGGUACCUAUGUGGGACUCCUCUACGCUGUUGCAGAUCGGCGUGUUCCUCUGGCUGUGUUCGCUGGACUGACUUGUGUCUUUAUGAUAUCUAUACUCUUCUUGUCAGAUCCUACUGGCAGAAGGAUACCUGAAACUCCUCUAGAUGUGGAAAUAAUGACGGGUAAUAAGGACUUCUUAGAGCCGCACCAGGAUGUGGUCAAGAAGGAGACUGCAAGUAAAUAG